AUGAUGAAAUUUUGGUGGAUGUUCGUGUUGUUUGCCAAAACGGCGUCAGCCAGUGACAACGAAUUACCCACUGCAGAAGCUGAGAAAGAGUCACGUUUUCUUCCUAACUUCGAGAAGCGGUUUGACCGACCAGGUAUCGGAAUAGCUUCAGGAGGUCUUCCUCCAUUGACAACAGCGCCUAUUGCAGGAGAAAGAUGCUCUGCUCGAUUAGAAUCUGCGUUGGAUCAGUUGAAAAGGAGAAAAAGAACUCAACCAAAGAGCUUGGAUCUUCCAAUGAGUCAAAGCAUCGACUUGAAUGGAUAUAGUCUGUAUCAGCAAAUGCGAUCGGCUCCAAUAGACAUGUACGUUACCAGAAUGAGGGUACGUCUCCCGCAAAACAGUAAUUGGGUGCGCGUGGAAAAGUGCUAUUUCGACCCUAGGAACGUCUCUCUAGACACAAUGCUACUAUUCCACGAUUUGACUAUUAGUGGAAACGUGGAUUUGUAUGACGCCAGCGAAUUAGACAGAAAUAUACCGUCAACUCAAAGAAAUCGGAGACACUACGCAGAAGCCAGAUCGUACGACCCGUAUCCGGUUGACGGGUAUCAAAGGCGCGGGAAAGGCUGCAAUAUGAUUCUGCGACUCAGAAAGGCCGGAAUAGGAUUCCAUACGAGACCGUUAAAUCAACAACCGGGAAAAUUCAACGUGAAAACCGAUUCUGAAUUUGUAGAACCAGGCUUCAUAAGUGUCUACGCGUAUGGUUGCGAAAAAUAUAUCAACAGAAACUCCGUACGUAACAAAGACGAACUGCCCUUGAAGCGGAAAAGGAGAUCGGACGAGUUCAUUUUCGACCCACGAUUCGACGAUGCGUUUUCGCAUGGAAUGGACAGUCGAUCUUCAGAAAACAAUCGGGAUAUUUUUUACGAACCGCGCACCAGCAGGGCUGAUUACGAAAGAAGUAAACUGUUCAGGCCUGAUGAUGAUUUGGAUGAAGUGGAAGAUAUCUCUAGGGAAAUGGAGGACAUUUUCACGAAAGGAAUAAGAACGCUGCUGACAACAUACAUGAAGAAGGAACUGCAACCAGCUAUUAAAGAUACUUUAAUGAGGAAUAUGGGUUAUGUAAUAUCUUACGGAUAA